CAUGGCGGAGAGGGUCGACUUUGCUGAGAUUCAAGUUGCAGGAGAUUAUGGCUCUGAAUUUGAAUAUGACAGUGAAGCUGACAGAAGAAGACACAAAGAUGACAAUUUAAUGAAGAAAAGAAAAAGGACUACAGAUGGAAAACCAAAAAGGCGAGAAGCUGAAACGGAAUACAGCAGAGAGGAGGCAAAAAUACAAAGAUUUCACAUUGUCAGUAUGGACGCUUUUUCCAGACAUAAAAAGUUUGUUAAUGACUAUAUGCUGUAUUAUGGAGGAAAGAAAACAGACUUCAAAAGGGACACGUCCCGAGACAAGACAGAUAUGGAUGUGAUACGAGAAAACCAUCAGUUUUUAUGGGAGGAAGACGAAGGGGAAAGUGACGACUCUUGGGAAAGGCGAUUGGCCAAGAAAUAUUUUGAUAAACUGUUCAAAGAGUACUGUAUCACAGAUCUCAGCAGAUACAAAGAAAACAAGGUUGCCAUGAGGUGGCGUACAGAACAAGAAGUCGUUGAUGGCAAAGGUCAGUUUAUUUGUGGAAGCAGAAAGUGUUGUGAGAAAGAAGGACUGAGGAGCUGGGAGGUAAACUUUGGAUAUCUGGAGCAAGGUAUCAAGAAAAAUGCUUUAGUUAAAUUAAGGUUGUGUCCAGACUGCUCCUAUAAACUUAACUACCACCACAAGAAAAAAGAAAUUCUUCCAAAGAAAAAGAAAGGAAAACAUAAAAACAGGGAAGAUGAUGACAAUGCCAAACGACACAAGACAGAUCAUCAUCAUUCUGAACAUGGGUCCAACAAUGAAGCAACAGAAUCUCCUGGAUGGUCCAGUAACACUGAUCAAUCCAUCUGGUCAGGACCGGCCAAAAUCACAGAGGAGAAAUCUAGGGAGGAAGAAUUUGACGACUAUUUCAAUGACAUGUUUCUAUGACAGUGAAGAAUGUUCAAACAUCCUUGUGAUAUUUCAAAACAGUUCGUAACAUUUGAACAAUGGUAAACGAACUCUAAAACCAUAGAACUUUAAAAGAAAAAAGACUGCACGACAUCCAAAGGAUAGAGAUUUUAUAUAUAAUUAGAUCCAGAUGUCUUGUGUGUAGCCUUCAAAUUAAGUCUAAUCAGUAAUGCCUUCGGUGACCUGUCCACUUUCAUCACUUCAACAUAUUUAUUUGUCUGCUGAUUUUAGCCAUUUAAUUCAAUCCUUUUCUUGCUAAAACCUUAAGAAUUGAUUGAUUGACACUUUAUUAAUUUUGAUAUACAAAUAUUGUAAGUAAAUGUUUUGAAGUACAAACGACAAAAUGGGCAGCGUAAGAAAUGUUCUAUUUUACAGUUGUUUGCUGGGAUUACCUCUUGUGAACAGCCAGGGUCAUGUUGUGGCCGAACCUCGUUAUAGUAGCUGGUGUAUACCACAUUGAACAACAUAGGGGAGGUUCAUCACAUCCCAUCCAGAGUGAUUAGGGUAAAGUGUCAUGCCUAAUAAACAUGACCAGCACAGGCAGGUCCGUUUCUCAGAAACAAGCCACUGUAGGUAGAGGGAGUCUAACAACACAUCUCAGGUCUUCACCUGAGGUUAUGCAAGCUAAUGUUCAACCAACUAGAGUCCUGAACACUAAUCAAUAAUUUUGAACUUCUUUAUUUCAUUUUAAUGCACUUCAUUCCUCUAUUUAAUAGGAAAAUUACGAAGUUACAGAAAUCAAAACAAUUAGGAAUUGUGCAUACGUAGAUACUAGAUUGUUCCUUCAUAUUUCAAUAUUCAAAAAGCUUACUGCAAGGAGUAAGAAAACAAAAGACAAGUUGGUAUGAGAUCAAGUUCUUUAUUGGUAAAAUAAAUACCUGCAUGAUGCAGUUGUUCGAAAUGAAGUAAUAUAGUGUACAUAAUUAUAACACUGUAUUUGUUCUUUGCACAAUUAAAAUGGUCAUUGCAAUGACUUGUAUUUUUUCAACCUGGUAUUGCUCCAAAACGAUCUACCAACAACAUUUUCUUUGUCAUUUAGCACUACCAAAGGAAAGAACAAAGCCUCACCUUCAGAGGAUCUCGUAGAUAUGAGAGUCGCAAACAAAAACUAGAACUCAAACUGAAACCUCUCAUUUUUAGUUCUAUAUAUGAAAUUAACCAACAUUUUGUGUACCUUUAUACACUCCUGGAAGGUUGGAGGCACAUCGUUCCUAAAUGUUGGUGUUCAACUGAUUUUCCCAUCAGACACUGGCAUAGAUACCCCUGGUGUACAGAGUCUACACAAACAUGGCAAAAAUAGUAGAACAAAUGUGUGGACAACAAGUCUGUGUCAUCUUAUAAUCCAGAUAUAAUAAGGCUGAUCAGACAUCACAAGUUUAAGUUUUUUUCUUUAAACAUUAUUUCUACUUUCUUAUUCAUACUGUCAACCCUUGAGCUCUUUUGCAGUUUAAGAUUAUUUCAUCUCAGCAUUUAUGAAGUCACUAUUUCUUGUUUACAAUGGUAUAAAUGAUGUCAAAAUAAAAAAAAAAAAAAACAACAACUGUUGUUUUGAUGAUGAUCUGCUGAAGAUUUGAAGCAUGUCAAUAACUGGCUUUGAUUAAAGUUUGAUUUUAAGAAGACAAUGACAUGUUGUCUGUAUAUUUUUUUAAAAUUACACAAUAAGAAUGUAAUAAACCUUUUAAAAGGACUUGGCAUCUUCUAGCUGAGAGGGGGCAGGUCGAUCAUUAAGUUGGUGUUUUCUUCCAUGUUGCCGAAUAAUUAGUGUAAGUACAUUAGUACAUUUAUAUACCUAUAUUAAUCUAUGAAAUCAAAAGUCCACAAAAAUCUGAUCUUUUGAAAAACCGCAAAAAGUAAGAGAAGUGGAUCACGACAACCUACUACAAGUAACCAGAAAUCAAAAAGUUGUCAUGAUAUGUUAACAUUGCAUGAUGCCAGUGUAACUGUAAGCAAAUCUACAUUUAUGUCAUCUAAAAUGUCAAUGUCAAUUGCUGAUUCUGAAGGUGAAUGUUAUUGUUCCUAAAAACAUACCUGAAUUUACUAUACUCCAUUAUCUUAUCAUGUCAGAUGAGUAUUCUGUACAAUUAUGUAAAAUUGUUCAACUUAAAAAUUAUUUUCAAGAUUUAAGAGUAGUGCUAAUUACAUCUGAUAGAAAGCUCUGUGCCACACAAAAUUUAAUGACAAUGAUAACAGUCUUUAAGCACCAUCCACCACAACAUAAAUAUGGGGACUUGAGUUUGAGUUGAGGUUUCAAUGUCAUUCUUAAUGAUGCAAUAAUGAUUCUUAGGAGACACAUCAGUCACAACUAAAUAUUUGUUAAAGGUCAAGAUAAACUACUGAUGUCAUUCUUAGGCAAGCAAUUGUUUUUCUUCAAUCACUACCAAGACAUAUAUGAAUUAUACUACAAAUAUCAAUGAGAUUUUAUGGUAACAUAUUGAAAAGUUGCUCCUAAGAAAUGGCCAGCACAACACCUUUAGGCAGUAGAGUUUCAAGUUACACUCCAAAUAUCAUUCUGAGGUCAGCAAGUGUUAACUUUGUCUUAGAUACACCAGAUCUACAAUAGAAAAUACAGAUCUCAAUUAUUUUCAAAUAAUAAAGUUUACGAAAUGAUCUCCUUUGAAUUACAUAAAUUUUGAACAAUAGACAUGUCAAACUUAAGUAUAUAGUAGCAUAUCUGGUAUUGUCAAGUGACUGUUGAAAGAAAACAAAAAAUAUGAGAAGGUUCAAAACUUUUCAUAUGUCAUGAAGAGGUCAAACAAUGUAUUAGAAAUAUGGAUGCACUCACGCAUGGAUGAACACAGACACAGACAAAGUGAUAACUAUGUAGCCCACUCCUUUACAUCAGGAGGGGGGUAUGAAAAUCAUUCAAAGAAGAAAAACUCCAAACAUGUACUCAUAUUUGAAGAAAGAAAAAUUAUAUAGGAACAGAAAAAUAUAGAUGUUGCUACCUACCCUGACAAAACAUUAUCUGCUAUAGCUUGUUUCCUCUUUUGUAAUUGAACAAUCUUCUCUUCAACUGUGUCCCGACACAAAAACCUGCAAAUAUUCAGAUCUCUAUUAAAGCAAAAUGAACAGAAAAUGGGACUGCUAUUUAAACACCACACAACAUUUCAUGUUAAUUAUAUCAAAGGCUACGAGUAACAUCUGGCUAAUCUUCAUUUCUUUUUUGUUGUAUUUUUCAAGAAUUAGAAAAAUAUAGUAUCUGUCAGACUAAUAGAAUUUGCAAUAAAUGAGUAUACAAUGGUAGUAUCAGAAAUAGUGCAACAACUUUCUUGAAAUAAUCAAUUAAAUAGCAUAGUUUUGUACCAUUUUAAAACUUGUCCUUAUUAGUAAUUAUACGUUGGAAUUUACAGCAAAGCACAAGAGGUCUAGAUUUCACUGAUGAUUUUGUAUAUAGCUGAACUCUGUAGACUGACAGACUUUAUCACCUCUGUGUGAUGUGGACUGAGCCUAUCACAACUCAAGGGCAGUAUUUAAAGCUUUGCCAAGUACAUUGUACUGGACUUUAACUAGAAACAAAAACGGAAUUGAAACUAAUUUGAUUAAUGGAAUAUUGUGUUAUAUAAUUUCUUUUUUGAAUAAAGUUGAAUUUUCAAACC